GCCAUGCUCAUUUACCAAAUGUCAAUGCGCAUCAAUUGUCUAUGACUCCUGUGGUUCAAUCAACGACAAAACUUUAGCAAACAUGUUUUCGUACCUUAAGAACUUGUUGCUAAUUCAUUCGAAAUAGUUGAAGCUUCCAAAACAGUUUUAUCAGCUUAUUUUCUUUGUGCAUUGAUCGUUGCUGGUCCUUUCAGAUUAUAUUUGUUGCAGUGAAAUAGAAAAGUUGUUGCAGCGAUAUGAGCGACAGACAUGGAAGUUCUGCAAAGUUCAAUAGCCCAAGGCAGGUGGUCCUUCCUCCAUUCUCCAACAGGACCCUUCACCACCCCUCCUUCCUGCCUCUGUACAUGGCAGCCAUGGGCUCGGCCCAGUACCCCUGGAGACCCCACCAACAGCCAGAGGACAGGACAGGUGCACCACCACCCCUCUCAGUUCCAGUUAUGACUCCCUCUGAGUUCUUCUACACGGACCCCACCAUGCGCCGGGGACAACGGGUACCGAACAUUGUGACCGAGUUGCAGGUUUUUGAGUGCUUCCAACUCAACACCCCUCGCCCCAUCAUGUCCUCUUGCCCCGCACCCCCCGUCAGACCUGACCCCUUCAGAUCACAAGCCCACCCUACCAGAGACCUGGGUGGCCACACCUGGAGGAGGGACCCUCCCCAUCUGCCCAUCACCCCUAGGCCCAGAGAGAGGGGACGGAGUCAGGCUGUGAUCCAGCUAAGCCUGGAAGAGGAUCAGGCUAUAACCAACCUACUGAAGCUCCAUCACCAAAAGCCUGCCCAUCCAGAGGUCACCACUGCCGUCAUCUCCACCCAGGUGGCUUGUCCUGAAGGGACAUCGCCAGUUGAUCACACCUCAACCCUUAGCCAGCCAUCAGUGUGUCAGUCCAUUCCCACCACCAAACCAUCUCUAGCUGAAGAGAUGGGGCUCUUUCAUAGAGAGGACCAGCUCUUUGUGUUGGCCAUCUUGGAGCCCCAACAUCAGAACGAGCCCAGACUGAGGUCUGAUGUGGAGCUGGAGGCAGCGAACGCAUUGCUCACUAUGGAUGAGGAGUCGGUCAGUCUGGUGGAUGAUGAAGGGCCCUGGAACCAGACUCAGACCCUGGACAGGCCCUCUAACAGAAGCCCUGAGAAUCUACAUCUCCAGUACUUCUCACCCGAAGAGUGUGAUGGUGAUACACUGCCAUUAGAAGACGAUGAAAGCUGCCUAUCCCCAGAAGCUUUGCCUCCAAUGACAAGUAUUUGGGAUGCGGUGGCUCUGAGAAAUGGGACUGUCACAGAGUCUGAGGGGACGGCUGUGGAUGCCCUGUUAAUACUGGGUGACCUCACAACCCCAUGUUGUCCUCAUUUCAGUUAA